CCGACCGAACAAAAUCAGUUUCAGAGGGAGAAAGAAAAAAAAAAUUCCCUUCCAAGAGAAAUUUGACCAAUGCCAGAAGAACCAGAACUCAUCUCAUAAUCUCCAUCUUCUUUUUUCUCCCAUUCUCCGAUUCUCAUUCGUCCAUGGCGGAUCAUUUGGCCAGGGCCGAUGAUUUCGAAGCCAAAGCAGAAAAGAAGCUCAGCGGCUGGGGAUUGUUCGGUUCCAAGUACGACGAUGCCGCAGAUCUCUUCGAUAAAGCGGCCAAUUCUUACAAGCUUUCCAAAUCAUGGGAUAAAGCUGGAUCAACGUAUAUAAAGUUGGCAAAUUGUCAUCUGAAGAUGGAAAGUAAACACGAAGCAGCCCAAGCUUAUGUUGAUGCGGGCAAUUGCUACAAGAAAACAUCUGUUAAAGAGGCCAUAUCUUGCAUAGAGCAAGCAGUGAAUCUUUUUUGUGACAUUGGAAGACUCAAUAUGGCUGCAAGAUAUUAUAAGGAAAUUGCUGAAUUGUAUGAGAACGAACAGGAUGUUGAGCGGGCAAUCGAUUACUUUGAAAAGGCUGCGGACCUUUUUCAAAAUGAGGAAGUGACAACUUCAGCAAACCAGUGCAAGCAGAAAGUUGCACAAUUUGCUGCACAGUUGGAACAAUAUCAGAAAGCGAUCGAUAUCUAUGAAGAGAUAGCAAAGUAUUCUCUCAAGAAUAACUUGCUCAAGUAUGGAGCGAAAGGACAUCUUCUUAACGCUGGAAUUUGCCAGCUUUGCAAAGGCGACAUCGUUGCUAUUACAAAAGCAUUGGAUAACUAUCAGGAUCUGGAUCCUACUUUUUCGGGGUCUCGCGAAUACAAGCUUUUAGCGGACAUUGCUUCUGCUCUUGAUGAGGAAGACGUUGCAAAAUUUACUGAUGUUGUCAAGGAAUUUGAUAGCAUGACCACACUGGAUCCACUGAAGACAACUCUUCUCUUGAGGGUGAAGGAAAAGCUGAAAGCCAAAGAGUUGGAAGAGGAUGAUCUUACAUAAAAUAGUAUGCUGAUUCUUUUUUUUCUUCCUUGCCUUAGAUUAUUUUUAUGAGUUUGUGUGUUCUCUGUCCAGUUUUUUUGCAACUGACAGUGUCUACUAAUUAUUAAAUGAUUUGGUUUGGGUUUUAAUGAAUAAAGUAUCCUUGAAGCUGUGAGUGUGUUUGUCAUUGGAA